ACUGAGGUGGUCGGACGGGUUGUCUGUAUAUGUAGUGUAAAGAGAAGUACUAAACAACAUGGAGACCCCGUCCCGGCCCAUGUCGUUUUUUAUGCUGACUGUUCUCUUCACGUUAUCGGUGAUUCUGUACUACUAUUUCGCAACUUUUGACAUCACAUCAACAAAUUUCAGUGUAAAGGCAAUACAGAGUAGGAUCCUACUGAGACAGACACUAUCGGACUCCCACAUACUCCUAACCAGCACAGCAAGGACCCCUAGAAUAACAAAACCAUUACAGUCAGCAAUUGCAAGGAAGAGGAAGUUGGACAUCAAUGUGGAAAAGAACCUCACAAGACUUAACGAGUCAUUACAGAGACUGAGUACGCCUGAGAGUUUUUCAUAUUUUUCGGGAUAUAAAGACCGUAAAAAGUGUAAAAAACGAAAAGCCUGUCCAACGGACACGCCGGUUGGUCACUACCGCACAUGCGCACUCGUCGGCAAUGGCGGGAUUCUUCUCAAAAGCAACUGUGGGAACGAGAUCGACAGUCAUGAUUACGUCAUCAGAAUGAACAUGGCGGCCUUGAAAAAUUACGAGCAGGACGUUGGACGAAAAACAAACUUAUCUUUCAUCAACUGGAAGAGAAUAAAGGAGCUAGGAAAAGAAAUAGCGUCCAAGAAAAAGAAAAAAGAAGUUCUCCAACAUCUAACCCUACUGAACGGCAGUGUUUUCAGCUAUGUUAAGUUGAAAACAAAGGACGCUAUCUCUGCUUUGGAAUCACUGGAAACGAUUUUAAAGAAUAAUAGCUUGAACAUUACCGUUACUUACUCACGUAGUAAUGUUCCACUUGUGUUUACAAGGCCACUACGUGAAACGUUUAUUCCCCGUUUGAAGUCUCCAACAUCCGGGCUCAUUGCCUACAUCCUGGCAUCUAGGUUCUGUGACGUCAUCACCAUGUACGGCUUCUACCCAUUCGCAACGGACAUGCGCAAUAGGACGCUUUUUUAUCACUACUAUGACAAGUCAUCCGUUGCCAAGAAGCGAAGAAGUCGCCAUAACUUCAUCAUUGAACAUAACUUCUUUACCUUACUACAUAACAAUGGACUCGUAAGGCUGGUCACAGACAUUUGUGAAUAAAAUAUGGCCAGAUCCUGCCUACCUGCCUAAAUACAUAGGCCAGAAU